AUGUCUGGCAACAGCGCACUCCCACCCGUACCAGGAGUGACACCACAAUCUCAGCCCGUGCAUACAGAUGCAGACUUUGACCAUCCGGAGUCGCCGUUUGCUCUCGUGGUCAACGUGCCAUUGAUCGACAUGGACAUCACUAACGGCAGCACAGAAGUAUGGCUCGGUACUCACACCAUUACUUCUCUUGCAGCACAAGAAGGCAAGCAGGGCGACAGGGCCAGCGGCCGGAUUGCCAAACAUCUGCUUGAGCAACGCAGGCAAAUGCGAGCGCCCUGCCAGCCUUUAGUGAAGAAAGGCUCAAUUGUCAUCCGCGACCUCAGACUCUGGCAUGCCGGAAAGCCGAACUCCAGCAACGACGUUCGGGUCAUGCUUGCCAUGAUUCAUUUUGCACCGUGGUAUCGGUAA